GUAUCUUUUGUGAGCUUAUUGAACGGUUAUUUAUACAUCUAUACUUAUAGUUUUUUGGGAAUUGGGUAGAUGGCUCUGUAACCGUAUUUUGACGUUUACUUUUUACAUUUGAAGAAUGUAACUAACUUUGUUAUUUCCACCCGUUAACCUUGAUACUUGAACUUUCUCCGAUUUAUGCUAAACUCAAAGGACCUUUUUGGUAAUAUUGUUAUUUUUUUUAUUAGUUAAUUAGUAUUUUUUUUUUUUUAAGAUAUGUUUAAGAAGUAGGGCGUGACACCACCACCACUAUUACCACCACUCCUCUACCAUCACGAGUAAAACUAGAUAACAUUCAUUAAUAACUCUAAAAGAGAACAAUCAUAAAUAAUUUAAGCUGAGUUUCUUUGUCUUUAAAUCAAAACAAUUAUUAUAAUUCAGCUUUUGAUAUUUUAAUCAAACAAUUUUUUAGCUUAAAAAAUUUAACAUUCAAUUUUUAAUUUUUCAGCCUCAAUUUUAUCAAACAGCACAUUAGUUUCCCUAAAAAGUCAAUUUGACCUCUCUAUUUUUGGGUUUAUUCAAAUUUUAUUCACGCUCGUUAUUUGCAUCAAACUUGUGAAUUAUUGGUUUGUCUCGACAAGAGAAAUAAAUAAAGUAAAUAAGAUAACCCAAAACCCAAAUUAUGGAUGUUUAAUCUAAAAAUAAAAAUUAUGACGAAAAGUUGAAAAAAAAUACUUUGAAAAGGAAAAAACUAGAACAACAUUCAUGGGGCCCUCUUUCUUUUUUUUAGGUUUGGACUCUAUCACUGCUCCUUUACUACACCGUCUUUCCAUCUACAAUUCCUCUCUCAAUCGAACACCACCACACCCGCAGCCUUAUAAAUAACAUUAUUAGGGUUUUGGUGUUUUUUUUUAGGGUUUUGGGAGCUCUCUAUUGAUGGAUUCUGAGGACGACGACUACAGCGGCGACACGGCCGUGGAGUACAGCAAGGACGAUGAUGAUGGUGAUGAUGAUGGGGAUUACGACUCGGACAAUGGAUCCGCAAGCUGCCGCCAGCAAAAUUAUAUUGCCUUGAAAGAAGCGGAUAUACGCAAGCAUCAAGAGAAUGAAAUUACGACAGUUUCAUCAGUACUUACCGUAUCGAGAGCAGAUGCUAGCAUUCUACUCCGUCACUAUCGCUGGAGUGUGAAUAACGUGCAUGAGGUAUGGUUUGCGGAUGAAGAUGGAGUCCGUAAGGCCGUUGGCCUGUUGGAAAGUCCAGUUGUCCGAUUUCCAAAUGCUAAAGAACUGACUUGUGGAAUUUGUUUCGAAUCCUCUCCUCUUGAUCGGAUCAGCUCGGCUGCGUGCGGUCAUCCUUUCUGUGACGAAUGCUGGAGAGCUUACAUGAGCACAUCCAUCAAUGGUGGCCCUGGAUGUUUGAUGUUGAGAUGCCCCGAGCCAUCUUGCGGUGCUGCUAUCGGCCAAGAUAUGAUCGAUCGGUUGGUGUCUGAGGAAGAUAAGGAGAGAUAUGCUCAUUACCUUCUUCGUUCUUACAUCGAAGAUAAUCCGAAGACCAAGUGGUGUCCUGGCCCGGGCUGUGAGUACGCUGUUGAAUUUGUUGUUGGUAGUGAAAACUAUGAUGUUUUCUGCCCAUGCUCCUAUGGCUUUUGUUGGAAUUGUACAGAAGAAGCUCAUCGUCCUGUGGACUGUGGCACUGUGGCCAAGUGGGUUACGAAAAACAACGCGGAAUCGGAAAACACGAAUUGGAUUCUUGCUUAUACCAAGCCUUGUCCGAAGUGUAAGAGACCGAUUGAGAAAAACCACGGUUGUAUGCACAUGACAUGCAGAGCCCCUUGCAGGUUUGAGUUCUGCUGGCUAUGCCUUGGUGCAUACUCGGGUCAUGGCCAGUGUAACCAGUAUAAGGCAACUGAUGAAGCUGCGAGAAAGAGAGAGAUGGCCAAGAUGUCUAUACAGAGAUACACUCAUUAUUAUGAACGGUGGGCUACCAAUGAAUCGUCGAGGCAAAAAGCCCUUGCGAGUUUACAUGAAAUGAAAACUGUGAAUCUCAAGAAGCUUAGUGACAAACAAUCUCAACCUGAAACGCAGCUCAAGUUCAUGACAGAAGCCUGGCUGCAGAUAGUUGAAUGUCGGCGAGUGUUGAAAUGGACCUAUGCCUAUGGAUACUAUCUACCUGAGCCUGAACAUGCGAAGAGGCAAUUUUUUGAAUAUUUGCAAGGCGAGGCCGAGGCUGGUUUAGAAAGGCUUCAUCUAUGUGCUGAGAAGGACGUACAAGCUCACCUUGGUCCUGAACAGCCUCCUACUGAUUUUAAUGAUUUCCGCUCAAAAUUGGUUGGGCUGACUAGUGUCACUCGGAAUUACUUUGAGAACUUGGUUAGAGCAUUCGAGAAUGGUCUAUCGGAUGUGGAUUCCCAGGGGGCUAGCAGAGGAAAGGCUUCGUCCCAAGAGGGCGGGCUCGGUAGAGAUUCGGACGAUCAUGGCUCUUGGGCAUGCGAUCACUGCACUUAUUUCAACACCAUAUCUUUGCCCACAUGCGAGACGUGCCACCAGCCCCGGCGUAUCUUCAAGAGAACUAGAAUUGAAUGAAAAGGUGAUUUAUUAGAAACAGAGACAAUGUAAGGUUAGGCUUAUGGGGGCCAAGGCCCAGCGUAGUUUCGGUUUUUUUUAUAAUCAAAUUUCAAUAUUAGUACUAUUAGUAUUUUUGGUUGUUAGGAACUCUUAGAUAUUGCGUUUUGUUUUGGGUGUUAUUUAUACAUUUAAAUAUUUUAAGAAUAUAUUCCUUUUGGGUCUCAAAACCCAACCUCU